CAUUUUACAAAGGGAGAAGCUGAGACCAAGACUAAGAAAGUGACUUGCCUAAGGACAUACUAACUUGUAGAUUAUUGGGUCUUUAUCCUAGGCCUCCUGACUCCCUAGUCUGUCUUAAUUCUAGUCCUACAUUAGAAGUGUGGCUUGCUUAUAAGUCAAACAACAAAAGGUUUCAUGAGAUUUUUCUCUCUUUCCAGGUAAAUCAGGAGUCCAUUUCCCAAAAUGUGGCGGUUCUUGGCCACCCUGUGCUGCCUGGUGGUAUUGACCAGUGCCAAGAGUGGAUUGUCCUUUUCUCCUCUGUCAGAUGAAAUAGUCAACUACAUCAACAAGCUCAACACUACAUGGCAGGCUGGGCACAACUUCCUUAAUGCGGACAUGAGCUACGUAAAGAAACUCUGUGGUGCCUUCAUGGGUGGAGCCAAGCUACUACCUCAGAGAAUGAUGCUGGCUGAUAACAUGAAGCUACCAGAAAACUUUGAUGCCCGGGAACAGUGGCCAAACUGCCCUACUAUCAAGGAAAUAAGAGACCAGGGUUCCUGUGGAUCUUGCUGGGCAUUUGGAGCUGUGGAAGCUAUUUCUGACAGGAUCUGUAUACACACUGGUGGAAAUGCCAAUGUAGAAGUGUCUGCUGAGGAUCUGCUUAGCUGCUGUGGAUUGGAGUGUGGGGAAGGCUGUAAUGGUGGUUUUCCUGCUGGAGCUUGGAAGUUCUGGACUAAGAAAGGCCUUGUGUCUGGUGGUCUCUAUGAUUCCCAUGUGGGCUGUCGACCUUAUUCCAUUCCUCCAUGUGAGCACCAUGUGAAUGGCUCCCGUCCUGCCUGUACCGGAGAGGGGGGCAAUACCCCUAAGUGCAGCAAGAAAUGUGAAGAGGGCUAUUCUCCCAAGUAUACAGAUGACAAACACUACGGAUCAACCUCCUACAGUGUACCUUCGAGUGAGCAGGAAAUCAUGGCUGAGAUCUAUAAGAAUGGCCCUGUGGAGGGAGCUUUUAUUGUGUAUGAUGACUUCCUACAGUACAAAUCUGGAGUAUACCAGCACGUUACUGGACAGAUGCUUGGAGGCCACGCCAUUAGGCUCCUAGGCUGGGGUGUGGAAGAUGGAACCCCUUACUGGCUGGCUGCCAAUUCCUGGAAUACUGACUGGGGUGAUAAUGGCUUCUUUAAAAUUCUCCGUGGAAAGGAUCACUGUGGAAUAGAAUCUGAAAUUGUGGCUGGAAUUCCCCAAACGAAUCAAUAUUGGAAGAUGUAGCCUGCUAUUUGCCCAGUAUCCCUUUGUGACUUUUAAUCUUUCAAAAAAGAAAAAAACUUGGGAUUGGGAAGAAGGUGAAUGGGGGCAAACAAAUACUUUUAAAAAGACUUGAGUUUGGAGAGAUGCUCUUUUAUUCACAUUUUGUUUAAAAAAAAAGGUUAAGGAGAGGUUUUAGACAAAUCAUUGGGCUUUUGAGAAUUUGGUUGAGCUGAAUUCUUAUGGAGUCAUUCAGCUCCAUCAAUAACAUAGGUAAAUACUUCUUGAUCUGACACCAACUAAUAAUGCAUGCCAUUUCAAUUUUAAGUAACUCUGUGAAUAGCACAUGGCACUGCUGGCAAACAGGCUGUGUGUACUACACUUGAGACCCAGGAUGUUUUCUUUUAAAAAGAUCUUUUUCUAGGAGUGUCUCCCAAUUCCCGGUCUCUUGACUCCUACAAUUUCCCUCAACACUCAUCUUUUAGGAACCUGAAAUCCAGGAACCAACAAUGAUUGAAGGAGUCUGGGUUUUUUUUUGUUGUUGUUGUUGUUGUUUUGUUUUCUCCCACAGAAAUAGGGAAGGAUUUUUUGUUUGUAUGUAUUUUUUAAUAUUUUGAGUUAGGAAGGAGGCAAAGAAAUUCUCAGAAAUUGACUUGGCUCCCACUUGUCAGGGUAGAGGGAGGCAGGGUUGUGGGAUAGGCCACAAAAUGUUGGAAUCCUAUUCUGCCCCAAUUCUCACUGGUAACAAUCCUAUACUAUGCUUACUUCUCCUUAGGCCACUUUUAGUGCCAGUCAACCUGAAGCUAUUAAAAGCUUUUGCAGUAUUGCACAUGCCCUUGGUCUUUUCUGUGGUGAUUUAAAAAAAAAAAAAUAGAUUUCUCUAUUUUUGUUUAAUGUACCUUGGUUGAUCAUAAAAAAAAGUUGCCAGGAUCCCUUUUACUCAAUAGAAACCUGUGCCUAUGGUUUUAAAAGGAAAGCAGUAAUCCUUCUCCUGAUCUUGGAGGACAGUAGAGAAGGAGCAGGAUUAUGGUGCUGUCCACAGGAGAUUUUAUUGUUCUUGGAAAAUCACUGCUUUACCCUGUCAUGCAAUUUAAUCCCAUUGUUUUAGUGACUAAAUGAAACCCAGAACCCUUGUGCCAAUAAAAGAUUUCUCUUAAAUA